AUGGGAUCAGAAGCUCUCACUCACCUUCUUCUUAUCUCAUACCCAGCACAAGGACACAUAAACCCUCUUCUUCGACUUGCAAAAUGUCUUGCCUCAAAGGGUGCUUCUGUCAUUUUCCUCACAACAGAGUAUGCUGGCAAAGACAUGCGAACCGUUAACAACAUCACUGAUAAAUCAAUCACUCCCAUUGGCGACGGUUCUCUCACUUUCCACUUCUUUGACGACGGCUUACCAGACGAUGAUCCCCUCCGAACAGAUCUUCCUGCUUACAUUCAACAACUCAAACUUGUUGGGGAACCCUUUCUUUCUCAAAUGAUCCAAAAUCAUGCUGAUUCUAACAAACAAUUUUCAUGUAUCAUAAACAAUCCUUUUCUUCCUUGGGUUUGUGAUGUUGCUUCUCAAUAUCAUAUUCCCUCUGCUCUAUUAUGGACUCAAUCCGUUUCUGUUUUUAUCGCUUACUAUAACUAUCUCCACAAACUCGUACCUUUCCCUUCCAUUUCAGAACCUUAUAUUGACGUUCCAUUACCUUGUCUACCUCUUAAAUUCAAUGAAAUCCCUGAUUUUCUACAUCCAUUUAGUGCCUUUCCGUUUCUAGGAGAACUCAUCUUAGAACAGUUUAAGAACUUAUCUAAAGUUUUUUGUGUACUGGCUGAUACAUAUGAAGAACUGGAACAUGAUUUCAUCGACUAUAUUUCGGAGAAAUCAAUCCCGAUAAGAACUAUUGGUCCUUUGUUCAACAACCCAAUGAUUAAAAGCGCGAGUAAUAUUCGUGGCGAUUUUGUCAAGAGCAACGAUAGUAGUAUUAUAGAGUGGCUAAACUCGAAGGCAAAACGUUCUGUUGUUUUCAUUUCCUUUGGAACUGUUGCGUAUUUUCCUCAAGAACAAAUGAACGAAAUUGCGUAUGGGUUGUUGGAGUCUAAAGUUUCGUUUUUAUGGGUCGUAAAACCACCUUCUAAGGAAUUGAGACUAAAGGAACAUGUUUUGCCGGAAGGGUUUUUGGAGGAAACGAGUGGGAGAGGAAAAGUGGUGAAAUGGAGUCCACAAGAAGAAGUAUUAUCUAAUCCUUCAGUGGGAUGUUUCAUGACACAUUGUGGUUGGAAUUCGUCGAUGGAAACACUUACUUUAGGAGUUCCGGUGGUGACGUUUCCAGCAUGGGGUGAUCAACUCACAAAUGCAAAGUUCUUGGUGGAUGUUUUUGAAGUUGGUAUUAGAUUGGGGUAUGGUCAUUUGGAAAAUAAAUUGGUGACAAGAGAUGAAGUAAAGAAGUGCUUAUUGGAAGCAAUGACGGGAGAAAAAGCAGAGAGGUUGAAGCUUAAUGCAAUGAAGUGGAAGAAGGCGGCGCAGGCAGCGGUGGCUGUUGGCGGAUCAUCUGAUCGGAAUAUUGAUGAAUUUAUGGAAGAUAUUAAGAAACGUGGUGGGGUUGAUGUUAAGAAAAAUGUAAUGUAA